AUGUGGUUUUCCUUACCAUUUUGUUCUCUCUGGGUAUUAUUUUGUUUCUGGGUAAGAUUCAUAGGCUCCCGAUUGAAUUUAGUAAUUUACUGCACUAGUUGAGUCUUCAAAGUUUGCAGACUCUUUAACCUACAAGUGUGGGGGUGUGGACCUCUUAAGGUCCUAAUAAACAAACAAAGAUGGUAAUGAUUACCUAAAGCAUCUAAAUCAGACCAAACCUAAAGCCCUAAAACAAUGACACCCAGAAUCAGUCUCGUCAGUACACCAAACCCAACAAGAUACAAGCCUGAGCCCUUCUCACCACAAGAACCCAUUUGUAAUUUUAAGCUUUUUUUUUAAAAAAAAGAUUGUGUUUUUCAGUGUCCUUUCACCAUCUCUUUGCAUGGUUACAACAUCUAACGGGGGAAAAAAGUAACAUAUUCCCCUGUUUACAGGCUCAGAAGUGGACAAUCUUGAAACUCAGAGUGUGCAAAAGAUAGCCUACUUUUUCUUCUCUUUUUACAGAUUACUGCAACGCAGUGAACAGAAAAUUUUUAACAUAUUAACAGCUCUUCCUCUGUCACAAGAGAGAGAGAGGGAUAAAGUUAUUAACACUGUUUUGAGAUGGAAGGGCUUUUGAGUCUCCCGAAGAAAUGUAACUGCAGGCACUAAAGCUAAGGGAUUGAUGCUUUUGCAUGGUUUAUGGUCAGAGAAGCCCGGGGACCAUUUUGUUUCCUUGUCAGUUUGUGGCAUUUUUACAUAGCCAAUUGGCUUCUUUUCUUUGAAGAACAAGAAUAGGUCUGUUGGUCUAUAGAUUCAUAACUUUUGGCUGCUUAGAUCUACAGUAUCUCAUAUUUCACACUCACAGAGAGAGAGAGAGAGAGAGAGAGAGAGAGAGAGAGAGAGAGAGAGAGAGAGAGAUUUGCUUUCUGCUUUCAACUAGCAAAGGUACGUCAGAACUCAUAGAUUGGAGCUUUUUCACUUGCUUUGAGCUUUUGGGUCUCAAUUUUUUAAGCUCAAUAGUGGAAAGGAGUUUAAUUGUUGGGACUUACAGUAGUUGGUAAAGAGUAAAUUUUUUAUGCUUUUAAGUUGCUGAGACUCUUUGUAUCAUCUCUCUCGAAGUCAUUUUCCCAUGAAUUCUUGAUGGGUUUUUCUUGCUUGUAGUUCUUCUGGUUCAGGUCCUCAUUUCUAAUUCUGGUCUGUAUACCAUUAAUGGGUUGUCUUGUCUCUAUUUCAAGUGUUUUUUGCUUCAUAUUGUUGAUUGAAACUAUCAUUUUGUGCCUCUUAAUGAAUGACCUCUGUCUGCUUCUUGAUGAGGAGUACGAGUAGAUAUUGUCACUUGAAUGCUGUAGGUCAUACUUCCAACUAUCUUCCUGCUCAGUGACCAAAACAACUCAAGCCCUCAUGUCUGAGACAUAAUUAUGUUCCUAAUGUGUUUCAAUUCUUGAUCCUGCCAUUAAUGGCUGUCAGAACAGUGAUUUAGAGUUGUAAGUCCUUGUGGGUUGCUGUUAUUGUUAGCAUUUAUAGUGUUACCAUGGUUUCACAUGAUUCACCCCCAGAUACAUCUUCUAGUAUUGUUAACAAAUUUAUCAUCUCAGACUCCAUUGCUGGACAAAACCAAUUCCUGAACCAACAAUUUGAUGCUUAUGGGACAGCAAUGAGAGGGAGUGGUCUGUUACCUAACAUUCAGUCUCUUGAAGAAAGAGUGUCAAGGUCAAUGGACCUUGCUCAAGCUAAGUCGGUAGCAGAGGAAACUGAGAUGAGCCACACCAGGCACUUAAUGGAUCUUCUUGGAGCAGCAAAUGAGCCUAAUCACCAAGCUCAAAGGCUCUCCUUGUCUCUCAAUUCUGGGAUGCUGGUUCCUUCAGUCCAAUACAGGCAGAGGUCAUUAAAUUCUGAUCUUAUGAGUCUGAAUUACUUCAUUUCUGGAGAAGAAUCAAGUGAAACUUGUAGUCCAGCAGUAGAACCAGUGAUGGGUGAUUAUUCUUUUAUGGGUAGUGCAUUUGCUUCAUCCUCGAACUCGCUCACUAAAUCUCGAGCCACUUCUCAUGGAUCGGCAUCCAUUGCUGCUGCUAUAGGGAAUUCAAGAUUUCUAAGACCAGUUCAGUCUCUUUUAGAGGAAAUUGUCAGUGUCAGUGGAAAGGCUGUAGAAAUAAGUAAUGAAAAAUAUGUUGAGAAAUUGUGUUGUGGAGGCAGAGGACUUCCUUCUGAACUGAGAGCAGAAUUGUACAAUAAUGGCAUCUUAUCAGCUCAGAAAGACGAAAUUCAGGUUAAACUCGCAAAGCUUUUCACCUUGCUAGAAGAGGUUGAGAAGAGAUAUGAGAAAUACUACCAUCAAUUAGAAGAAGUGGUAUCCUCAUUUGAACUGAUAUCAGGUCUAGGAACAGCCAAACCAUAUACUGCUCUGGCACUCCAAGCCAUGUCAAGGCAUUUUUGCAGCUUGAGAGAUGCCAUAAUUUAUCAAAUCGAUUCAGCGAGGAGAAAGUUUACACCAGAAAACAGCAGGGGAUUGUCACAGCUUAGUUUGCUUGAUAGGGAGAAUAGACAUAACCGUUUGUCUCUACAACAGCUUGGAAUGAUCCAAAGCCAAAGACAAACAUGGAGGCCUAUUAGAGGUCUCCCGGAGAGCUCUGUCAUCCUCCUUCGCUCCUGGCUCUUCGAACAUUUCCUGCACCCGUAUCCAAAUGACUCCGAGAAGCUAAUACUGGCAUCCCAAACAGGCCUGACCAAGAACCAGGUCUCAAACUGGUUCAUAAAUGCAAGAGUAAGGUUGUGGAAGCCCAUGAUAGAAGAGAUGUAUAGAGAAGAGUUUGCAGACUCUUCUGAAGACUCAAAUCCACCACUCUCUGAUGUCUCCAUGACCAGAGAAGGCAAUGCAGAUCAUGAACAUUGAAUUGGUGGGAAAGAUUAUCUGGUCAUUCUUCACUGCAAUUGUUUUCAAUGAGAUCAUAUUGUGACCUAAAAAUGACAUGAUAUACACUGGAGAUUAGCUUAUGAUCAAAGGAAGUCAUAUCUUGUGCCAAUAAUAGCAUGUUCAAUCUAUCUAUAUUAGGCAGGACCAGGCAUCUGCAUUCGCUCACAACU